AUGCGUAAAAUAUGUCUAUCUCGAAAGGUUCAGGAGGAGAAAUCAAAGAAAAAUGAAUGGUUUUCAUCUUUACAGUACUUGCAUUGUAAUAUAAAUGAUAUAACGAUUUCUGAUUCUUUCUUAGAUCCCGGAAGUGAAUUCGGAGGCUUAAAUGAUCCCGUGAUUAAUGCACUUGGAUGGGAGAGUGAUAAGCCAUCAAAUUUUUCAAUACAGGGUAACUCCAAACAUAUUACCAAGUCAUUAGGAUGGUUUACAGAUGUUCCGAUUAGUAUGAAGGAUAAUGAUGGUAAUACCGUUAUAAUUACGGGAAAUUUUGCACGUAUCGAUAAUGGUGAACCUGAACCAAUGUUAUUUUUGGCUCCAAUAGCAAAGGAUCUGCCAAAAGAGGAACGAGAAUCUUUAUCUCAGUUUUCCGAUAAUUCUUCUAGCCUGACUGAUGAGAAGGACUUUAAAAAAAGUGUGUAG